AAGUCGCCAGGUCAUCACAGGGCGCCUGUGGAAUCAUGGUUUUUCCACAGGCGCAUCAGAAUAAGUCCACGUUACUGACAGCCUCCACUUCCAUACAUCAUGGCCUAUGAAAUCAAUCAGCCUGGACCUCCACUGAUGAUUAUCGAUCCAUUUGCACCUUCUGUAGCAUACCAACCUGCACCUGCAGUGGGAUUCAUUCAACCACCUCCACCUCCUGUAAUAAUCCAGCCUGAACCUCAACCAACUGUAAUAUUUGAAGCACCUUCUGCAGUAUAUGAGCCUGAACCUCAACCAACUGUAGUGCUUGAAGCACCUACUACAGUAUACCAGCCUGAACCUCAACCAACUGUAGUGCUUGAAGCACCUACUACAGUAUACCAGCCUGAACCUCAACCAAUUGUAGUGCUUGAAGCACCUACUACAGUAUACCAGCCUGAACCUCAACCAACUGUAGUGCUUGAAGCACCUACUACAGUAUACCAGCCUGAACCUCAACCAACUGUAGUGCUUGAAGCACCUACUACAGUAUACCAGCCUGAACCUUAACCAACUGUAGUGCUUGAAGCACCUACUACAGUAUACCAGCCUGCACCUCAACCAACUGUAGUGCUUGAACCACCUACUGCAGUAUACCAGCCUGCACCUCAACCAACUGUAGUGCUUGAACCACCUACUGCAGUAUACCAGCCUGCACUUCAACCAACAGUCAUGACGAACGUUCCUGUGGUAAUUCAGGCUCCUAUGAAGUCUUUACCAGCAGCAACGAAGUGUGGUUUCUGCCAGACACAAGUUGUCACAAUAACUGAACCCAUCAACGGAACCCUUAUUUGGUUGAUUUUCGGUUUGCUCUUCAUCUUCUGAUUCGUGCAUGCGUGUUAACGUCAAAGGCGCGUGCUCAACUCCAGUAGAAAUGCAGUGCGCAUGUGCAUUUUCUCAUCCACCUGCGGACCGCGUGAGAAGAGUUUGAUAGAUCCUUCUAAAUGUAGCUGUGCCUUCUGACUUAACUUCGAAUUCGUCGGUUGGAUUUCUUCACGUUUUUGUUUGGUUUGGCAGUCUGGCCUGUCAUAGUCUGUCCAUAUUCCUGUCUGGCUGACAUCCUCAUCUGACUGGUGAACGUAAAUUAUCAUCAUCGGGAGAGACUUGCUUCGAUUAAAAUAUGCAGAUGCCAAUGAUGUUGAGGGUUGUUGUUGAUGAGGGAGACUACCGUAGGCUUGAACUAGACCCAGUGCCAACAAAUCUGACCAAGCUGUAUGACACAAUUCGACAAGCAUUUGGGAUAUCUAGAGAUUUUCGUAUUCAAUUCAAGGACCCAGUGUUCAAUGAUGAAUAUAUGAACAUUACUUCAAUAAUGGACCUACAGGACAGAAGUACAAUUAAGUUGGUCUAUAUUGGUGAUGUGUCCACUGCCUCAUGGUCUCCAGGUCCCUCAACACACAAUGUGCCCUCUACGUCAUGGUCUCCAGUAGAACGAAGCAGUAGCCAAAGCGCUGCUAGUGUGUCCUCACAGUCAUCAGACACAGAUGACACGGUAAUCCUAUCUCAUUCAGACUCAGAACUGAGAGAAUGUCCAUGGCCACGUGAAUUCCCUAUUCCGCGGUUUCCUUACAAUGUGGAGUUACAGCUUCAACGCGGAAAUGAGUGCUUCAGAGAAACUGGAUCUCUGCUGAAUAUUACUCCAGGCCUCAAGACUGACAUCAUGGAGAAGCUAGCUGAGGAGAUUUUUAGUUACACUGCAUACCCAAGAAAUAACCAAUUUGACGAUGUAGCAGCAGCACUCGUAAAAAAAUUCCCCUGUUUGAAAGAUCAUUCUGCUUGUGGAUACUACGCCUGGAUGAUUAGCCUCAAAUAUAAGAUGGCAAAUCACAGAACAAAAAUGAGAGCGAUUGGCUGUCCAGAAGUGACAAUAAAUUCUCUCAAAAACAAGUCUAAGGAUGACUGUCUCCCAGCCAAAAACGUGAAGAAGGCCAGGAAGGCUGAAGUAAACUACUGUCCCUCAAACCCUGCUGGUGAAACUGAUGAAAGCCUAGAAAAGCUCCGAGUUGAACUGCUCAAUGAUGUUGAGCAAAGGGACCGUACACAGCUGGUGAAAGAGAAGAUGUCCAGAACCUUCGCUUUCAGAAGAAAGGAGGUGGUACACGGAACUCCAUCUGCUGCUGAGUUCAAAGCCAGGUGGCCUGCACUUUUCUGUGCUGGUGAGUUGCAGGCAGAGUUCCAACGCAUCACAACAUUGCCACUCAUGUCUACUUUCAUGGCAAAGCUGGACAGCUGUCUACCUCAGCUGACUUCUGUACUCCACAAAAAGGGAGGCAUUCCUGGCCAGAAACUAGCCAAACAUGUGACAGUCUUGACGGAAACUACCAGUCCCAUUAGUCAGAAGAGGUCAGCUGCCUUGAAGUCGUUAUGCAUCUACUUGGGCGAGAAAGAUGAAGAUCUCAUCCGGGAGUAUAUGGACAUCCAAGGACUUGAUAUCGAGAGGGAAUUCCGCAAGCAACCCAUGGGCAUCUACCUUAUCUGCAAAGACGGGGGAGAUGCUGGAGACCACGAAGAUAUUGGGAUCCAUGUGGAGGGCACUAUUGUCCUCGACAACAUUGCCAGUGAAGCACAGGCCUGUGUUUUCAUGUUUGCAAUAAUAUAUGUCAUGAACAUGGCAUAUCCACGUGAGCUCAGGUACUUUUAUGAGUUUGUCCAGAAAGUGCUCAUGGAGAUGGAUCGGGAGCGAGUCUCCCCAAGAGUUUAUGGACUAAAAAACAAAUUGGAUGCUGCACUGUAAGGUUUUUUUUUUUUUUUUUGGGGGGGGGGGG